ACAAUUAAAAGUGUUUUCACAUUACAGCGGCUUUUUCUUAUCAAACGCCAAAUCAGCUGCAUCAUUUUUAUUACACAAAAUGUCAAAACAUUCCCAAAAUUUCUGUACGUGUUUUUAAUUUUUUCAACAAAAUUAUCAGAAAAUGAGUGAAAUAAAGAUUGAAUUUGCUGUACAGAUGUCGGGGGAGAAAUGCGCCGAAAAAGUUAAAAAAUCUCUAGAAGGUGUUGGUAAUAUAGCUAUAGAUUUAAAAGAAGGCCGGGUCGUAGUAACUACAAAACACCCAUGGUCAGAUAUUCAAGACAGAAUUGAACGAACAGGUAGAACUGCAGUUCUCUGUGGUUUUGGAGGAAAAUCUGCGGUUGCAAUGAUAAACAACUCUGAUUUAACAAAAAGUUCUAAGAUCCAAGGUGUUGUUAGAUUCUCAGCAAUAAGCAAUGAUGAUUGUGGUUGUGUAGUUGAUGGUGUUAUAGAUGGAUUAACUCCUGGACUACAUGGAAUCCAUCUACACGAAUGUGGCGACAUAUCUGCUGGAUGUGCUUCACUUGGUGGACACUAUAAUCCCAGAGGUUCCCCGCAUGGAUCACCAGAGAAUUCAGCAGACAAACGACAUGUUGGGGAUUUGGGUAAUAUAAGAGCUGAUGAAGAGGGUCGAGCAACAUUCCGAUUUCUUGACCCUUUGGUAGAAGUAUGGGACAUAAUUGGAAGAUCAGUAGUUGUCACAGAGAAUCCAGAUGACUUUGGUCGAGGCGGCAAUAAAGAGAGUCUUAUUGAUGGCAACAGUGGUGAUAGGAUUGCAUGUGGAAUAAUUGCAAGGUCAGCAGGAAUUUUACAGAACUACAAAAAAAUCUGCGCCUGUGACGGAGUCACAUUGUGGGAUGAAAGGAAUAAACCUCUGGCAGGUGGUAAUCGCAAUGCAAAUGGAAAGGUGUAAUUUUUGUAAAAAAAUAAA